AUGACCGUUUUGGAGGACCAAAAGAUUCUGGAGGAAGAACAAAAUGGUUUCGGUCCCAUGCAGGAGACGGUGUUUGACUUCUGGGGGAUGGUGUGGCAGGAGAACACUGCUGCUAUCGUCAUGGUCACCAACCUGGUUGAAGUGGGCAGGGUGAAAUGCUGUAAGUACUGGCCGGACGACACAGAGAUCUACAGAGACAUCAAGGUGACCCUCAUAGAGACGCAGCUACUGUCAGAGUACGUCAUACGGACCUUCGCUGUCGAGAAGAGAGGAGCCCAUGAGAUCCGCGAGAUCAGUCAGUUUCACUUCACAGGGUGGCCGGACCACGGGGUGCCCUACCACGCUACUGGCCUCCUGGGCUUUGUACGUAGGGUGAAGGCCAAGACACUCAGCAACGCUGGGCCCAUGGUCAUCCACUGCAGCGCGGGGGCAGGCCGAACAGGCUGUUUCAUAGUGAUUGACAUCAUGCUGGACAUGGCAGAGAGAGAGGGCGUGGUGGACAUCUAUAACUGUGUCAGAGAGCUGCGCUCCAGGAGAGUCAACAUGGUGCAGACUGAGGAGCAAUAUGUCUUCAUCCACGAUGCCAUCUUGGAGGCGUGUCUUUGUGGUGACACCACCAUUCCAGCCAAUCAGCUGCGCUCGGUCUACUAUGAAAUGAACCGAUUGGACCCCCAGACCAACUCCUCCCAGAUCAAAGAGGAGUUCCGG